AUGUUUUUACGGAGCCAGAAACCCUCGGAAAUUCAAGAUUUGGGAAAUAUCGGAAGCGGUCUUCCUUUCUCGGAUCGUCAAAACUCAACCGAUGGGAAUUCAAGUUCUGGACAAUCUGCAAACUUAGGAGAAGCUUCGGGCAGUGGAGAUGGAUCCAAUGUAGCUGAAAACUUCACCAGAAUCAACCAUGAAGGAAAACGUGGCGAUGAACGGCUUUUCAAAAUGGAAGAAAUUUCUGCGUUGCUGCCGGAUUUUUCGGGCUCCACUCAAGAAAAUGUGAAUCAUUUCAUCAACAUUGUACAACAUACUAAACAAGUUUUCAAGAUAAGUGAGGAAAUUAUGAAGCUGUUGGUUUUCAAAUGCUUAAAAGGAAAUGCUCAAGUUUGGUUUACUUCAUCACCGGAAUUGAUGUCAAUGGAAUUUGAAGAUUUUCUUGCUAGUUUGAAGAUGACAUUUGUGCUGCAUGAGAGCUUGUUUCAAGUACGCAAACGUUUGGAAUCAAGAAAAUGGAGAGAAAAUGAAACUUUUGGCCAAUACUGCUGUGAAAAAAGAGUUUUGGCGGUACCAUUACGACUUCGGGAGUCAGAGUUCGUGGAAUAUCUCGUCGAAGGAAUUCCAGAUCAACAAUUGAAGAAUCAAGCUAGGAUGCAGAAUUUUUCAACAGUUGCUGAUGUUUCGAGAGCCUUUUCAAUGAUCAAACUUCGUGGACCAUCGACUUCAACUUCGCUCGUGUGCUAUAACUGUAAGUUACCAGGACAUAUUGCCGCAAGAUGUCGGAAAAUCCGCCAACCAUUCGAACAAAAGGAUCAAUCAACCCGCCGAAAUAAUCCAUGGAUGAGAGAAACUAGGAUUGGAGCCGUUGAUGCUACAUCAGAGAGUCAGGCUGAACAAGAUUACAACGGACUGGAUUAAAUUUUUGGUCGUUCCUGAUUUGACGAUGUCAUCGUAUGACGCUAUAAUAGGAAGGGAUUUUAUAAUGAAACCUAACAUUCAAACCAUCAUCGAGAGAAGCCGUAUUAAAAUUUCGAGAACUCCGGUGAUCCGAAAGGAGGUGCAUGGAAAUAAAAAUGAAAUAAAACAAAUAAGUUCCCUUGAAGAAUCUGAAAUAUUGAAAAGUGUUGGAAAUGUAAGUAGCGAUCAUAUUGCAAAGUUUAUGGAAAUUUUUAAAAUGGAUUACAUUUGUUCCGAUAAGCCUAGUCAGCCAAAAACAAAAUAUGAAAUGAAAAUCUCUCUUAAAACUGGUACUCAGUUUCACUUCAAACCUAGAAGACUAGCAUAUUCUGAAAAAAAUAAAGUAGAUGAUAAAAUUAAAGAGCUUUUACGUGACAAAAUAAUUAAAGAAAGUGAUUCUCCUUAUGCCAGUCCAAUUGUAUUGAUUCCGAAGAAAGAUGGCGAUGUUAGGAUGUGUGUUGAUUAUCGAAAACUCAACAAAGAUACAUAUAGGGACAACUAUCCGUUACCACUAAUUGAAGAAAUUUUAGAUAAACUCAGGAAUAAAAAGAUUUUUUCAGUUUUAGAUUUGAAAGCAGGGUUUCACCAAAUUAGAAUUGCUCCAGAAUGCACCAAAUACACUUCUUUUGUUACACCAUCUGGGCAGUAUGAAUAUUUACGUGUUCCUUUUGGACUCUGUAAUGCUCCAGCAGUAUUCCAAAGAUUUAUAAAUACUAUUUUUAAAGACUUGAUUGCUAAAGGUAAAAUAUGUGUUUACAUUGAUGAUAUAAUAAUUUUCUCAGAUACAAUUGAAGAACAUUUAGAAAUAAUGAAAAUGGUUUUUAAAAUUUUAAGCGAUAAUCUUUUGGAAUUAAAUUUGGAAAAAUGCAAAUUUUUGUUUACUGAAAUUGAUUAUCUGGGAUAUACUAUCAAUCAGAAUGGUAAACGUCCGAAUCAAUCGCAUAUUGAAGCUGUUUCUAAAUUUCCAGUUCCUAAAAAUGUUAAAGAUGUGCAACGCUUUUUGGGAUUGACAAGUUAUUUUCGGAAGUUUAUUAAAAAUUUUGCUACUAUUGCAAGACCAUUGUAUAACCUUUUGAAGAAAGAUACAGCUUUUGAUUUUGGAGAGGCACAAAUUAGUGCAUAUGAAACACUUAAACAAAAAUUAGUCACAGCACCAAUAUUAGCUAUUUUUAACCCUAAUGCUGAAACCCAUUUACAUUGUGAUGCAAGUUCCCAUGGGUUUGGAGCCAUUUUAUUACAGAAGCAAGAUGACAAUAACUUUCAUCCAAUUAGUUAUUUUAGCAAAAAUACUGACAAUUUUGAAUCUAAAUUACAUAGUUUUGAAUUAGAAACCUUGGCAGUUGUUCAUGCAAUCAAGCGUUUUCAUGUUUAUCUAUCCGGUAUGAAAUUCAAAAUUUUUACGGAUUGUAAUGCUUUGGCACAAACUUUAAUUAAAAAAGAAAUAAAUCCUAAAAUCAGCAGAUGGGCUUUGUUUUUGGAAAAUUAUGACUACAAUCUUGAAUAUAGAGAUGAAGCUAAAAUGCGGCAUGUAGAUGCAUUGAGUAGGCAAAAUAUGAGUAACGAAAAACAAAUAACAAGAAAAUCUCGAACUUAUCAAAUAAAUGUAUUAGAAACAGAAGAUGUGGAAAGAAAUGUGAUACUCGCUCAAGAACAGGAUGAGAAAUUGAAAAACAUUAAAACACACCUAGAAAACAGCAGUUUUCCAAACUUUGAGUUAAGUAAUGGCAUAUUAUUCAGAAAGAAUGAUGGUAAAUUGUUGUUAGUAAUCCCAAAACUAAUGAUUGACAAUAUCAUUAGAAUGUGCCAUGAUUUAAAAGGUCACAUUGGUAUUGAAAAGACGAUGAUUGAAAUUAAAAAGCACUAUUGGUUUUCGAACAUGAGAAAAAUAGUGAAAAAGUAUAUAUCUAAUUGUUUAAGUUGCAUAUUUUUUAGUCCCAAAGAAGGGAAAAAAGAAGGGUUUCUUAAAUGUAUUGAAAAAGGUAAUCAACCUUUCAACACAAUCCAUUUGGAUCAUUAUGGACCAAUACAAUUACCAUCGAGUGGUGGAUUCAAAUAUAUUCUGGUAGUUGUAGACGCCUUUACAAAAUUUGUUAAAUUUUAUUGUACCAAAUCAACCAACACAGAAGAAGUAAUAAAACAUUUGUCUAAUUAUAUGAACUAUUACAGUAAACCAGGAAGAAUAAUAACUGAUAGAGGAUCUUGUUUUUCUUCGAUGAAAUUUGAUAACUUUGUUAAGAAUAAUUAUAUACAACAUAUUAAAACUGCUGCUUAUACUCCAGAAGCUAAUGGCCAAGCGGAACGUGUAAAUAGAACAUUAUCGCCAAUGUUAGCUAAAUUAGUUAGUGACACAGGCUUAAAAUGGAAUAAUUUGUUGAGUAAAAUAGAAUAUAUACACAAUAACACAUACAAUAGAUCCAUUAAAAAUUAUCCCAGUGUUUUGUUGUUUGGUUUUCAUCAACAAAAUUUGAAUGUUACUGAGCACAAUUUGCAAACAUUUUUAGAUACUUUUCAGAAUAAUAGCAAUAACGAUGAUUUGAAUACAGUAAGGAAUAGAGCGAAAGAGGUAAUAGAAAAUAAUCAAAAUUAUAACAAGCUAGUAACAGAUAAAAAACGUAAAAAGGCUACUGAGUACAAAGUUGGAGAUUUUGUAGUACUGAAGAUAAAUUCGGCUUCUAAAUUAUCGGAAAAAUAUAAAGGUCCAUAUGUUAUUAAAAAAGCAUUGCCAAAUGAUCGCUACGUAGUUUCUGAUAUUGAGGGUUUUCAAGUUUCCAGCCUUCCUUAUCACUCAAUUUGUUCACCAAUAAAUAUGAAACUUUGGCUAUCUCCUGAUGAUUUGUUGAAUACAGAUUAUGGUUCUAUUGAUGAGGGCAUCAACUAGUCAGGAUGGCCGAAAUGUAGUAAUCCAGUACUUAAAUCAUGGUAGGCUGUGAAACUGACUUAUGACGUAUGACUCUUGAAGACAGGACAUUCGCUAAUAAACCACUAAAGAAUAAAGAAGUCCAAGUCUUUUACUUCAGUUUGGUUCACUUUUAUAUUUGGCCACUUCUGGUGGGACCUUCGGAACCGGUUCCGGAACAUUACCGGUUCAGAUAUGGUCUGAGACUAUUUUAUUGCUUACCGUUCAUCAUAUUAUCGAAAAUGCCGUGGUUUGAUGUGUCGCAUGCGUGGGUUUGUUGCAUUUUCAUAUCUAGCCCCUUCCUGGGGUACCGAUCCGGAACGCCUAAAUGGCCAUAAUUCCGGAACGGCUGGACCGAUCCGAACCAUUUUCAAUAGCAAACAAUGGGACCAGAUUCCGCAUCGAAUGAACCGUCGGUCAUUAAAAUCGGUUGAGAUUUACUGCCGAAAAGUGACGUGAGUUCGUUUGUACACAUACACACACACAUACAUACACACAUACACACACACAGACAUCACCUCAAUUCGUCGAGCUGAGUUGAUUGGUAUAUGUGACUUGAAUCUCCGGGCCUCCUAUCAAAAAAUCAUUUUUGGAGUGAACAUAUAGCCUUUCCAGUACACUUAGUGAACGAGAAAGGCAAAAACUGUUUUUGGAGUUAAUUUAACUUUUUGCCUUUCUCGUACACCAAGGUGUACCGAAAGGCUAUAUGUUCACUCCAAAAACGAAAUGUUGGUAGAGUCCCCGGAGGGGCAAGUUUCAUAUACCAAUCGACUCAGCUCGACGAGUUGAGAUGAUGUCUGUGUGUGUGUAUGUGUGUGUGUGUGUAUGUAUGUGUGUGUGUAUGUGUACAAAAAAAGGUCACCUCACUUUUAGAUAGUAAAUAUCAACCGAUUUUAACGAUCAAUGGCUCAUUCGACGCGGAAUCUGGUCCCAUUGUUUCCUAUUGAAAAUGGUUCGGAUCGGUCCAGCCGUUCCGGAGUUAUGGCCAUAUAGGUAUUCCGGAUAGGUACCCUGAUAAAAAGUAUCAUAAAAAUACGAUAAAUUUUAUUGUUACAACACCAUUUUUUCGAAAAAUAUUCACCAUUAAACAUAUUGUAAUUUACACAACACACUCACCAUCACCCCUAUUGUUCUAUACCAUUCGGCGAAUGGUAAAUGGCACUUUUACAAUAAAAAAUGGUGGUCGUUAUGUAUCUUAACCAUAAAAUUUUCAGAAAAUUUUCAUACACUUUUUCGCGAAAAACAAUAGAAUGUAUUGUGUUUUUAUGAGACAUUUUUAGGGCAAUUCUCAAAAGAUAACAAUAUAUCUUAAUGUUUUUUCAUUGUUCUUACAAUACAAAUACAAUUGAUUGAAUGGCGUCAAAUGAAUCGUUGUUACAAUAAAAAUACAAUAAUAUUUGUUGUUAUUUGUAAGCAGUUUUCGCUUUUGAGAAUCCAUAGAAUUUAUAUUUCCCGCUAACAUUUAUAUCCAGCAUUUACGAGCACUAACGUCCGCCAGAAUGAUAUGCACAUUUUAUGAUAAGAAUCAAACACUCUGAUGCCUGUCUGGUAUGUAUUGCUUGGCAGCUGUUGAUAAGAUCUAUCUUCAAUCUUUUCAAAUAACUGCGAAAUAUCACAAGUCAGACCACAGGUCGUAUGAUCUAUACCAUAAAUCGUUCACAAUUCAUGUGGCCAUUAGUAUCUGUAAAUGCUGGAGAAAAAUGUUACCGAGAAAUAUGAAUUCUUUGGUUUUUCAAAGGCGAAAUCUGUUUACAUAACAACAAAUAUUAUUGCAUGUUUAUUUUAACAUCGGUUCAAUUGACCCCAUUAAACUAAUUGUAUUUGUAUUGUUAUCAAUGGUAGUUUACUAUUUACUAGAUUCCUUUAAUUUAUUGGAAAACAUUAGAAAAAUCAUUGUUCAUCUUUUUCUUGUCUUAACAUCCUCACUUGGCUAAACCUGCUUUUCAGCUUGUUUUCUAUAAGUACUUCCUCAGUUAUUCAUUGAGAGCUUCCUCUGCCGACACGGCUUGACGUCUGUCAGUUUUAGCGAAUAACAUUCGAUAACCGAAACAUCUACUGUACUCAAAUUUAAAACGAAAACUAUAAAAAAUAUGUCAAGUGAUUUUGUAUUUGAUUAUACAAACAUUAUCCAAGCAACAAUAAUACUUAUUGUUAUUCAUUUGUUACAAAUUGUUUUUAAGUGUAAUUGAGAAAUAAACUCUUUUUUAAUAAAAAAGUCCAUGAGAACUUUGCAGGCACUUUUGCAACUAUUUAAAAACAACUUAAAUUAAUUUUUACUGAUAGUAACUUUAAAUUAUUAUAGAACUAUUGAAAAACAAUCGAAUCAAUCAGUCACUAAUAAAGCUAAUGUUCACUUAUUGUACGAACUAUAUGGGCUUGAUUUCUAUUGUAAAAAGUAACAAUAAAUCUACUAUGUGUUUUAUUGUGAACAAUAAAACCAGUCAUUUGUUAAUAAUAUUUACCAUGUAAUGAAUGGUAAUUUUUUAUCCGGGUACCCCUGGAAGGGGUCAGACAUGAAAAUGCAACAAACCUAUACAUGCGGCACAUCAUAUUGUGGCAUUUUCGAUAACUUGAUGAACGGUUAUCAUGACAAUAGUCUCAAACCAUAUCUAAACCAGUAAUGUUCCGGAACCGGUUCCGGGUGUCUCGCCGGAAGUGGCCAAAUAUAAAAGUGAACAAAUACCAUGCAUGCGACACAUCAAAGCGCGGCUUUUUCGAUAACCUAAUGAAAGGUUAGCAAGAAAAUAAUCUUAGACCAUAUCUGAACCGGUAGUGUUUCGGAACCGGUUCCGGGUGUUCCGCCGGAAGUGGCCAAAUAUAAAAGUUAACCAAACCCAUGCAUGCGACAUAUCAAAACGCGGCUUCUUUGAUAACCUAAUGAAUGGUUAUCAAGAAAAUAGUCUGAAGCCAUAUCUGAACCAGAAGUGUUCUGGAACCGGUUCUGAGUGUCCCGCCGGAACUGGCCAAAUAUAAAAGUGAACCAAACCCAUGCUUGCGACAUAUCAAACUGUGGCUUUUUUGAUAACCUAAUGAAUGGUUAGCAAGAACAUAAUCUUAGACCAUAUCUGAACCAGUAGUGUUCCGGAACCGGUUCCGGAUGUCCCGGCGGAUGUAGCCAAAUAUAAAAGUGAACCAAACCCAUGCGACAUAUCAAAGCGAGGCUUUUUUGAUAACCUAAUGAAAGGUUUGCAAGGAAAUAGUCUCAGACCAUAUCUGAACCAGAAGUGUUCCGGAACCGGUUCCGGGUGUCCCACCGGAAGUGGCCAAAUAUAAAAGUGAACCAAAAUCAUGUAUGCGACACCUCAAAUCACGGCUUUUCAGGCAACAUGAUAAACAGUUUUCAAGAAAAUAGUCUCAGACCAUAUCAGUGUGUUAUGGAACCGAUUCCGGGUAUCCCGCCGGAAAGGUCAAAUGUUAAAGACAACCAAAUAUGUAACAUAUCAAAUGAUUUAUUUGGUAAUCUGAUGAACGGCUAGUAAUAAAAUAGCCUCAGACCAUAUUCGGGACAACAGGUAUCCGGGAACCGUUUUUGAGUGUUCCGUCGUAAGUGGUCAAAUAUAAAAGUGAACCGAACCUAUGCAUGCGACACAUCGACUUAACGAUUUCCACAACCACACCCCCACAAAUCCACCCGCCAGCCACCCAUCACCAUUUGUUAAAAUUAUUGCUUUUCUAUUUAAAAUGUUCCCAGGAUUACGAAUAUUUCGGCUAACGUCGAAGGAAAGAUCAUCAGUACAUAUUCGAUGAGAAAGGCACUAUCACCACUAGGUGGAUUAAUCUGGUUUUUUUUUCUUAGAUUAGCUGGUAUACUUUGACUUCAUGGAUUAGCUGGUAUAUCUUGACGAAAUUCCGAUUUCAAGAUAGUUUUAACUUGUUUUUCUUUCUGUAUUAACGAGAUGUGAAGCCCUAGGCUAGUUCAUCUCGGGACCAACGCUUUACUUCCCUUUCGAAGGAAGAACUCACAAAACUGGGAUUCGAUCCCAGCCUGGGAUUCCCAGGUCCUUGGAAUGAUGGUCGCGUGCCUUAACCAUCGCUCGCACCACGUCCGCUCCCUUUCAACUUAUUUUAUUUGAAAUAUUGACCAUGUUUUUAUUUGUUUUCAUGUUUUCUCCUUGGGCAUCAGCGUCGCUUCCGUGCCAAACCGUGGUGUACGGUCAACUAUUUCAAACAUGAUGUAUUUUAAAGGUUAACUGUAGCAAUAAUCAUGAUUGAUCACAGAUAUUGAAAACAAAAACGGGAUUCUGUUGAUAGUUUUUAAGCCGUAUUACAUUUUGGAUUUUUUUGAAAAAUGUCUCAGAACGGGAUUACCCAGGAGCCAUGAUAGGGUUAAUUAAAGUAACGAAUUGUUUUAUAUUUUUAUUGUGGGCUUCGUGGUCGAGCGGUUAGCGGCGUCAGUCGUUUAGGUAUCUCGUAAGCCUCGGAGUGGGAAUCAACACUCCAGUCGAGGAAAACUUUUCGUCGUCAAACGGAAAAUUCUCCACUGGCCCACUGGGUGUUAUACAUAUGUGUUGUCCGAUGUCGAAUGUUUGUACUGUUCAACUUGGAAGUGCAAAAAUUGUAAACAGUUUUUCAAUUGUACUAGUUGUGAAGAUUAAGCAUAAGAUGAAAAUUACGAAUAAAAAGAAAUAUAAAAAUGCGAUAGUUUGAGUUAACCCGGCAGCGGUCUCGUCGUCUACUGAGUACACGCAGCAUGGAAAAGCAUGAUGUCGCUGAGGGUGGUCAGUUACGCGACUACUCAAGGGAUAAAAAUAGCUAAAAAAUAAAAAUAAAUAUGAUUUUUGCCUUUCUCGUACACUAAGUGUACUGGAAAGGCUAUAUGUUCACUCCAAAAACGACUUUUUGAUAGAAGGCCCGGAGGGCCAAGUCACAUAUACCAAUCAACUCAGCUCGACGAAUUGAGGUGAUGUCUGUGUGUGUAUGUGUGUGUGUGUAUGUGUGUAUGUGUGUAUGUGUACAAAAAAAAACUCACAUCACUUUUUUGCAGUAAACCUCAACCGAUUUUAAUGACCGACGGUUUAUUCGACGCGGAAUCUGGUCCCAUUGUUUCCUAUUGAAAAUGGUUCGGAUCGGCCCAGCCGUUCCGGAGUUAUGGCCAUUUACGUGUUCCGGACCAGUACCCUUGGAAGGGGCCAUACAUAAAAAUGUAACAAACACAUACAUGCGACACAUCAAACUGCGGCAUUUUGGAUAACCUGAUGAACAGUUAGCAAGGAAACAGUUUCAGACCAUAUCUAAGCCGGUAGUGUUCCGGAACCGGUUCCGGGUGUCCCUCCGGAAGUGGCCAAAUAUAAAAGUGAACCAAACUCAUGCAUGCGACACAUCAAAUUGUGGCAAUUUCGAUAACCUGAUGGACAGUUAGCAAGAAAACAGUCUCAAACCAUAUGUGAACCGAUAGUGUUCCGGAACCGAUUCCAGAUGUCCCGCCGGAAAUGGCCAAAUAUAAAAGUGAACCAAAUCCAUGCAUGCGACACAUCAAACUGCGGCAUUUUCGUUAACCUGAUGAGCAGUUAGCAAGAAAACAGUCUCAGAACAUAUCUGAACCGGUAGUGUUCCGCAACCGGUUACGGGUGUUCCACCGGAAGUGGCUGUAUAUAAAAGUUGACAAAACUUUUGCAUACGGCACAUCAAAUCACGGCUUUUUCGACAACUUGAUGACCGGUUAUUGAGGAAGUAGGCUAAGACCACAUUAUUGACUGUCAGUAGUGCCGAAACUAGUUUCGGGUUUCCCUCCGAAAGCGGCUAAAUAUAAAAUUGAACCUAAUAAACUUUAGCAAGCAAAUAGGCUCAGACUAUUUAGGAGACUAUCAGUAGUGUUCCGCAAUCGGUUCCGGGCCGGAAGUGACACCAAACCCAUGCAUGCGAUAGCUCAAAUCACGGCUUUUUAGGUAAUAUGGUGAACAGUUGCAAGAAAAUAGACGCAAGCCAUAUCAGUGUGUUACGGAACCGAUUACGGGUGUUUCACCAGAAAUGUGUAAAAAAGAACCAAUACAUGCGAUAUAUCAAUGACUUAUUCAGUAACAAGAUAAAUGGUUAAUCAUCAAAUUAUCUCAGACCAUAUUUGGGAGAACCGGUAGUGUUCCAGAACUGGUGACAAGACGAGUAACUCGUCGGAAGUGGUAAAAUAUAGAAGGGAACUAAACCAUAGCGGCGUUUUUGAUAAUCUGAUGAACGGUCAACAAGAAAAUAGAGUCUAAAACAUCUAGAACUUGUAAUAAUAUUUCGGAAUCGGUUGUGGGUGUUCCAUCGGAAGUGAUUUAAUAGAAGUGAACUAAAAUCACGCUUGCGGUACAUAAAAUCGCGGCUUUUUCAAAAAAUUGCCGAACGGUUAGCAAGAAAAUAUGUAGCCUCAGAUCACAUUAAAUUUUGGCUUUUCAGGUAACCCGAUGAACAGUUGACAAAAACAUAGUCUCAGACCAUAUUUGAGACGACCGGAAUCGGUUGCAGGUGUCCCGCCGGAAGUGGUCAAACGCAAAAUUUAACAAACCCCAUGCAAGCUGCACAUCAAAUAGCGGAAUUAUAAAGGUGAACAAAAUAAAUGUCAAAGCGAUAAAUCAAUCUGUGGCUUUUUUGAUAGCAUGUAAACGUUGGGUAAGAUUAUAAGAUUAUAUAUGCAAGAGAACAAAAACGUGACCAAAGCGAUCUCUUCAAAUCACACCAUUUCAGAUUCCUGCGGUGUAAAUGUAUAGUAGGAUGAAUCAACGUUUUAUGGAAAAAAUAUAAUUUAAUCGCAUCAACACCUUAUAGAGUUUUUCAAUCUUCAAUCUCCUUAUGCUUCUAAUAUUACUGCUCACAAUUUGGGUGCGGCUGGUUGAAAUUGAAAUAAAUAAAUAAAAAAGUUAACCUUCUUCAUGCAUUAGCUGACACUCACCCCGCUGCCGUAGUGGAUGGAAUGGGGUCAUAAUGACCCCAAUAUACAACUUGGGUUAAGGUGGUCAAGCAGUCAACUGAGAGGUCUGAUAUUUUUCAGCUCUGUUUUGCUGUUGAACAUAACAUCGGAAUAUGUAUCAUCUAUAAGCUUCGAAAAUCGAUGAUGGCUUUGUUAAAAUUGUUGCUUUUCUAUAUGAAGUGUUCCAGGAUUCAGGAACAUUUUGGCUAACGUCGACGAAAAGUUCAUUAGUACAUAUUUGACGAGAAAGGCACUAUCACCACUAGGUGGAUUAAUCUAGGUUUUUUUUUACAAUUUCCUUAAAUGUUCUUGUAGUCACGAUCAAGCGAUAGUCGCUACAGAAAUAUCACACCUCUAUGCGAUACCCUGAUCUCAAUUGCUUACUCUUAAAGUCUAAAACAAAAAUCACUGAAUCCUUGGAUCAGCUUAGUGAUGAUAGCGAACUUCACAAAAACUAUCUAAGUGUAUGUUUACCAUACCUGAAAAAUUACAUGAAAAUCGGUGCACCACUUUCAGCUGGUUCAAGU